CAUUUCUUAUAAAUAUAUCACAUCCUUAAUUUCAUAACUCUCAUACACUUCCAAUAUCAAUACACACCUUUCAAAUUUCUUGUUCAAUAUUUUCAUUAGUUCAUUUGUAGUGAUGAAGAGAGAAAGAGAAAGUGAUCAUCAUAAUACUAAUAGCAUAACCAUGGCUAAGUAUUUGAUGUAUCUUUCUGGUGGAGGUCAACAACUUGAUCAAGUGAAUUACUCUUCAAAUUUCAACAACCGUGUGUACGAGUGCAAGACAUGUAAGCGACAGUUUUCGUCGUUUCAAGCGUUGGGAGGACACCGUGCGAGUCACAAGAAACCGAGGUUGAUGGAGAUGAAUAGCAACGGAGAUGAUGGAAUGUUUACAACAACAACAAAGGCUAAAACACAUGAAUGUUCAAUUUGUGGAUUGGAGUUUUCAAUAGGACAAGCUUUGGGUGGUCACAUGAGGAGACACAGAAGAGUUUCGAAUAAUUUAAAGGGAAAUAUGAACACUUUUAUCAACAAUACUGCGACCACCAAUAGUAAUAACAGCGAUUGCAGUACCAUUGAUAAUAGUACUAAUACUAAUUUAGCAAAGAGCCUAAAGUUGAAUACCAAGAGAUUUUUGUUUCUGGAUUUGAAUUUGACACCUUUAGAGAAUGAUUUGAAGAUUUUGAAGAUUGGACAAUCAACUCCUAAUCUGGUGGACUGUUUCAAUUGAAUUAACUAAUCACUACUUGCUAUGUGAAGAUCUAGUUUUUAAGUACUUUUUGCUCCAUUUUGUUUUUUACUUUAAUGUAUGUAAGUAAAUUGUUAUGUUCUUGGAUAUACAUAAGAAAUUCAUGUAAAAUUUUCUCAGUAUUUAUAAAUUAAUAUUUUUC